AUGGCCGUAAACCGUCCUACAAACACCGCAGUCAAGGAGAAGGACAUCAACCAGAAGCUCCAGCUGUACGGUAUCUUCCAGGCCUUUUCGAAUGGAAAGGUCCCUUCCAACAAACAAAUCGACAUCGCCCUCAACAGUGCCCUCGAGUCCAAGGCUCUUUCGUCGCCCUCGGGCAAGUUGUCAGAGGAAGGUCGCCAUCUCGUCGCUGACCUCAAAGAGGUCAUUCGCCAGGCCAAGUACCUGCUCUUGAGCAAGAAUGAUGGCAAUCUGCUCCAAGAAUUCAUCUGGGACUCUCAACACCUGGACGCCAACAAUGCCAGUCUUCCCAACGCCCCAACAGACAAAGCGACCGCUCAGCAACACGCUAAUGAAGCUCUCGACGGCCUCAAGACCCUCGGCACACUGAUCAUCUCUAACGGCCAGUUCCGGAAGCUCUUGAACGAUGCCACCGUCCUCCUACGCGACAUAGCCGGCGAUGCUGCUCAAAGCGCAGCCAACCGCGUCAAUCCUUCGGAAGACCAGUUGAACCAGAUCGAUCAUCCGGCGGAGGAUAACACAUGGCACGACGUUCCCGAUCUAUCCAAGGAUAAGCUCAAGAAUCAGGCUCGUUCCACGUUUGACAAAAACAAACCCUUCGAUCGCGAGCAGGCCCAGCAAGCUGCACAACAAGGUGCCAAUACUGCCAAAGCGCAGAACACUGACGAUUCGCGGGAGGCAGGCGCUGCAGGACUGCAAACCACAGCCGCCAAUCUGAAAGAGCAAGCCAGAACAAACAUCCCUGAUGAGCGUCAAGAAGACGCCAGAAAGGCAAAGGAUGCUGCCAAGGAGCAUUCCAAAAACUAUCUCAAUAAGAAGCUGCCUAAGGAGCGUCGUGAUCAAACAAUCUGGCGCUUGAAAAAGAUGAUUGUUGAGAUCCAAGGUCAUCCAGACUACCAGGAAGCUAUCGGGACGCUGCUCUCGCUUGCCGAGACUUAUGGUGGUCAUGCGAAGAAUGUCAAGGACCAGUCCCACGGAACUGUCAAAGGUGCACAUGGGGACGAUAAUCUAAGACGCGCCGAGACUAACCUGAAGACUCUUAUCGAACGCUUUGCCAAUUUCACCAGCACCGAUGAUUUCUUCGAUUCGCUGAACGAUAUCUACAGAGAUGCAGAUCGUGAUCCAGAGCUCAAGAAUUGGUUCAAGUCUCUUGACAAAUACAUCCGCAGAGCGCUCCAGGAACAAGGUUACAUCCUUCAAGAUGCUGCCACUGACGAGUGGAACCGCCUUUCAGACCAGGGCCGCUUCCUCCUCCGAGACCGCUACCGUAACCACACUGACCGAAUCUUGGAUGAGAUCAAGUUCCUUGGAGACCAAUUCGACCAAGAUCAGCAGAAUAAAGCCUUUGGUCAGGCGUUGCAGACACUCUUCACAGACCUUGGUCAGGACGAGAAUGGCAAGCCGGUGUUCAAGACGCACUUGGUCAAGGAUUUGACCGAGGUUAUUAUUCCGGGCAUCUUCGAGAAUACUCGUUAUGUUCCCAUUCCUCGCAUCGAGGUUUCAGACCCGACCAUCGAUGCCAUAGUCGAGAAUCUAGUCAUUGAGACAGACAACUUGUUCCCCAACGUUUUCGAGUUCGGCAGCGACAACUAUUUCCGCAUGGGCCGCAAGGGAGUUUCGAACAAAAAGGACAACAAAAUCCUGAUUGCUGGUUCGGGCAUUCAGAUGGAUCUGCGAGAUGUUGCCUACUAUGUCAAAAAGAAGCAAGGCUUCCCGUCCAUCACGGACAAGGGUGUCAUGGAUAUUUUCCUUGGAGGUGAAGGCUUUGGCUUCAAAAUUGCUGCCCGAAAUGCGCAAAAAUCGGACAGUUCCCACUUCGCGGUUGUGGACAAGGUCACUGUCACCAUCAAACAUCUGAACAUUAAGGUCAAGCAGUCUAACCACAAGCUGCUCUUCGCGAUCGCAAAGCCGUUGCUGCUGAAGGUUAUGCGGCCAGUCAUCCAAAAGGUCAUCGAGAAGCAGAUCAAGGACAGCUUCGAGAAGGCAGACGCUUUCGCGUAUACUGUUCAGCAAGAAGUCAAUCACGCCAAGGAGGCAGCAAAGGAAGAUCCAGAGAAUGCUCCUAACAUCUUCCAAUCCUACGUCAACGCAUUCCAGAGCAAGCUUACCGAGAAGAAGGAAAAGACCAAGGAAGUGGCCUCUAACACUAAUGUCAACGUGGCCGUCACCAAGCAAGAUUCCAUCUUCAAGAACAUCUCGCUGCCAGGUGGUAUUUCAACCAAGGCGACUGAGUAUAAGGAACUUGCCGCCAAGGGUGAUCGCUGGGAGUCUCCAAUCUUCACCAUUGGAAGUGCGAAAGAAACCAGCGACAUUCCCAAAGCUAAGCAGAUCACCCGCAAGGCACACAGUACCACCACCCCGGUUAUUCGUGGUGGCAAUCAUCCUAACAGCGAAACUUCCGGAGGGGUUAACAACCCUGGAGCUGGCAGUGGAUUCAGCAGCCAGGUUGAUCGCGCUUUCGACGGCCAGAAAUCUGGCUAUCAGCCGACCAAUGGGUCAGCCAAUGUCACCAACGGAAGCACUACGAAGACUUACUAUGAUGGAGUUACCCAGUAA